GGGGUGAGGAAGGUAAAAUAAAAUAAAAAAAAAUAUAGACCCGGGAAAAAAGGAAAAAAAAUAAAAUAAUAAUAAUAAAAAAAAACCAACAAGAAGCCGCGUCGCGAACCCCCGGCGGGGGCGGAUGGUGCUGCCGUGAGCGGGGCGGGCCGGGCCGCGCCGGGCCGGCGGGAUGAAGCGGCGGAGCGCGGACUGCAGCAAACUGCGGCGGCCGCUCAAGCGGAACCGCAUCACCGAGGGCAUCUACGGCAGUACUUUCCUGUACCUGAAGUUCCUGGUGGUGUGGGCACUUGUGCUGUUGGCAGAUUUUGUCCUGGAGUUCAGAUUUGAGUAUCUGUGGCCAUUCUGGCUCUUCAUCAGGAGUGUUUACGAUUCCUUCAGAUACCAGGGUUUGGCCUUCUCAGUAUUUUUUGUUUGUGUAGCAUUCACAUCCAAUAUAAUCUGUCUGCUCUUCAUACCAAUCCAGUGGCUGUUUUUUGCUGCCAGCACCUAUGUUUGGGUACAGUAUGUCUGGCACACAGAGAGGGGGGUGUGCUUACCAACAGUAUCACUGUGGAUACUUUUUGUUUAUAUUGAAGCAGCCAUUAGAUUUAAAGACUUAAAAAAUUUCCACGUAGACCUUUGUCGUCCAUUUGCAGCACACUGUAUUGGCUACCCUGUUGUGACUUUGGGCUUUGGCUUUAAAAGUUACGUCAGCUACAAAAUGCGUUUAAGAAAACAGAAAGAAGUGCAGAAGGAGAACGAGUUCUACAUGCAGCUCCUGCAGCAAGCACUGCCCCCAGAGCAGCAGAUGCUGCAAAGGCAAGAGAGGGAGGCAGAGGAAGCAGCCAAAGGAUUAUCUGAUAUGGAUUCCUCAAUACUUCUGCAGCACAAUGGAGGCAUUCCAGCCAAUAAAAAAAUAUCUGCAACGUUGCCAGAGCUAGAAUAUAGAGAAAAAGGGAAAGAAAAGGACAAGGAUGCGAAGAAACACAACCUUGGAAUAAAUAACAAUAUUUUGCAACCUGUAGACUCUAAAAUACAAGAAAUUGAAUAUAUGGAAAACCAUAUCAAUAGUAAAAGAUUAAAUAAUGAUCUUGUAGGAAGUACAGAAAACCUCUUAAAAGAGGACUCAUGCACUGCCUCGUCCAAAAAUUACAAAAAUGUCAGUGGAGUUGUGAACUCCUCACCUCGCAGUCACAGUGCAACUAAUGGGAGCAUCCCCUCCUCAUCCACUAAAAAUGAGAAAAAACAGAAAUGUGCCAGCAAGAGCCCGAGCACACAUAAGGACUUAAUGGAAAAUUGUAUUCCUAAUAACCAGCUAAGCAAACCAGAUGCACUGGUAAGGUUGGAACAAGACAUCAAGAAGCUAAAGGCUGACCUGCAGGCCAGCAGGCAGAUCGAGCAGGAGCUGCGCAGUCAGAUCAGUUCCCUGACCAACACAGAGCGGGGGAUCCGCUCGGAAAUGGGGCAGCUCCGGCAGGAAAACGAGCUCCUGCAGAACAAGUACGGCUGGGGGGAUGUCCUCGGACUGUCAACUGACAAUUUGCAUGAAUAUGAGCUGAGGAAGUACAAGGAAAACGAGAAGGAUACGGAGGUGUUAAUGUCAGCACUUUCAGCCAUGCAGGAUAAAACACAGCACUUAGAGAACAGCCUGAGUGCAGAGACCAGGAUCAAGCUGGAUCUGUUCUCUGCAUUAGGAGAUGCAAAAAGGCAGCUUGAGAUUGCCCAAGGGCAAAUCAUUCAAAAAGAUCAGGAAAUCAAGGACCUAAAACAGAAGAUUGCAGAAGUUAUGGCAGUAAUGCCCAGCAUAACAUACACUGCAGCCACCAGCACUCUGAGUCCUGUUUCCCCACAUUACUCUUCCAAAUUUGUGGAGACCAGCCCUUCCGGACUCGAUCCCAAUGCCUCUGUUUAUCAGCCCUUGAAGAAAUGAAUGCCAAGUUUUCUUUUUUGCCCAGUGAUUUUUUUUUGUCAUGCUGAAGGCAUCACACAGGAGUGUCUCUUGCAGUCAAGAUGAAAUUGUAUUGUGUGAGACUGUAUUUGUUGUCAUUUAAAACAGGAUAAAAGAACAUCUGGAUUGACUAGAACUGCCCAUCAGUUUUUCUUGUAAAUUUUUAGAAAACCUCACAGAACUUUGCAAUUUAUUUUCCUUGGCCAAUGCAUUAAAAACAAUUCUUGGUUUUCAAGUAGCCAAUUUUGCCUUUUUAUGUACUCUUGCAUGGUUUCCUCUUGAAAAAAAUACAGGGCUUUGCUUGAUUUUGAACCCUUUCUUCUCUUUUUUUUUUUUUUUUUGGUUUAAUAAUCAAAAAUGAAUUUGCAGAUUCGUUCAGAAAUAGUGAGGAAAAAAAAAUCUUUAGUUUUUACAGCGAAAGGGUUAAAUAAUCUAACAAAGCUUUGAUUUAUAGAUGUAUUAAAUGCAAAUACGUGAUGUUGCAGAAGAUAAUUUGAUUUUUACCCCCCUCAAAGGACCAAACAAAUUUCAGGGGCGUUGUUUAAGGGGAAGAGUAAGAGAAUAGAUGAUGAUGUGACGGUGGUUGUUGUGUGAAAUAUUUAUAUUCCCAUUGGUGUUUUUAGUCAUUGAGAAUUGCUAACAGUCUUGUUCACAGUGCCUUGGGAAAAGACAUUUCAAGAGGAAACUUGAUAGUUUAAACUAUUUUUUCCCCCUUCACUGUCAUCUAUCUUAUAUAUCAAGCUCAUUACAGAGUCUACUGCAAAUUGUACAUGGUAAUUUGGAUGUUCAUUAUAAACCAAGGUUACAUCUUCUGUUUAUUUUGAUAUAAACUCAGCAGUGUUCUGUAACUUGCCUUGAUUAUUCUGCAUCAUGGAAGGCACAAUAUUAAUCCAGAAGCGUUAACGUGAAGGUGGAGCUGUGCAAUGUACUGUAUACAAGAGACUGUAAAGCUGGCUAAUAAAACCUGCAGUUCUGGGGGUUUUUUUUUAUUUUA